AUGGCUGAGCCUAAAUCUGAAGAUCUCACAUUAAUCGUGAAUAAGCAACAGCGAUUGUCUAAAUUGCUUGAAAAGCUCUCCGUGGAACUGAGUAACAAUAAUCAGUACCCCUUUCCACAUUGGCUAAUGCGUGAUACAUCACCAAACGGCGUGACACUACCGGAAGACGUACCACUAGACCUCUCUAUAAAAUCCGCAGUCCCGAAGCCCAGUCCACCACCUGUAUACGCUUGCGAGAUAUGUGGACAAACCUUUACAGUUCACGACCGGCUCGCUAAGCAUAUUGCGUCCCGCCACAGAGGUAAGGCCCCGAAAUCAUCUCGAGCCUACGAAUGCGACAUUUGCCAUCGUCGUUUCGCUCGUUCCGACAUGUUGACUCGCCAUGCGCGCUCUCACAGUGGGGUGAAGCCAUACUCGUGCGCAGUUUGUGGACAAGUGUUCUCCCGCUCCGAUCAUUUGGCUACUCAUCAGAGGACACACACGGGAGAAAAGCCUUACCGCUGCCCAAAAUGCCCGUACGCGGCUUGCCGCCGAGACAUGAUCACCAGACACAUGCGUACACAUACAAGGCGACAACAUCUUGCUGAAAUCUAA